AUGGGCGGGAGAAACGAAAUAUCAAUGCAGCCAGAGUCUUUUGCUUCUGAGAAGCGCAAGUCUUUGACUGAGUUGACAUGUGAUGGCCACCCAAGCAGACCAUCAACUCCAUCUAGUUUUGGCGUAAAUUCUGUCGUUGCUUGCAGAUCGUCUUUACAAGACAGAGAAGACACGGUUGAAGCUGUUAGCAGAGUGACUUCCCAAAAUGAGUUGGCUGUACUGAGGAGUUUUGUUUCUGGGUUCAGGUGGAUUGCAAUCCGGCAACGUACUUGUCCUAGAUGGAUUGGAGGCUCCAAUUCACAUACACCAACUGAAUUAGGCCUUUCUGGGAAGUCAUCUUGGCAGGCAGGCCCACCUGAUUUGAAUGCCAGAUUCCAGGCUCCAAGCUUACCUAGUUAG